CUAUAGUUUAUUUUUUAACCAUAAAAAAAAAGACAAUAAAUAAACUUGCAAGGGCAAUCCAGUAACAAGAUAGUAUCCUAUAUUCCCUAACUAAAUAUUAUUCAAUCUAGCCAAAAGAAUAACGCAGAGUUCCAGUUUUGCAGCAGAGAACGAUGAAAGAUACAACCAAAAAGACAGUACCAACUGGAUCUACCAGUAAGAGAGAAGCAGGAUCCAAAAAAAAUGAAACUAUUGCUAACAACGAGAAUUCAGCUAUCUUGUGUAAGUCAUCCUUUGCCUAUGUUUAUAUAGAUAUUGGAUACAUACAGGAAUGAUCUGUUGCGUUUUGUUUUCAUGUAAUCAAAUUCAUACUUGACAAAGCACAAGCAAACAUCGUGCCUACUCAAAGCACUAUCAAUUCAGCGACAAGUGAUUUUUCUAAGGAAAAUACAAUCAUACAGGGACCAGCUCAGAGGUUAAAAACGACUGAUAACAUUUACUGUGAGUCUUCAUUAUCCGCUAAAAUUUAUAUUGCUUGAGAUUGUAUUGUCGGGCAUUACUAAUCGUUUUGUAUUGUCUUAAGCUCAAGCUUACUCACAGAUACCACCCAUUUCGUUAACUGCACGCUCAAUGGCUCAACGUCUUCGUUAUAAGAGGAAGAGAACAACCAAUUCCAUUGAAGGAGAACUAAUUAUGUUAUCUGAUAUUACCAAUCAAGUUCCUUCUGGAACCACACAUACACAACAAUCUUAUCUGACUCCAACGCAUGAUGAGAGAACUAGAGCGAAUACAAGAAUUGGUUCAACGACUACGCCUACUGGAACUAAAACAGAUGACCAAGUCAAAGGAAACCCGUGUGCAUCUGCUAAGAGGCUAAGAAAGAACGAUUCUUUUUCAUCCCGUUCUAACCUUCACACACCACCAACUUCUUUUCCUACAAGCUCUAUACCUCUAUCUGAUACGACCGAUGCCAGUUCUUCUGUAAGGGCACAGGCACAACAAGAGGUUCUAACUCCUACAUUUGAAUCAUCUAAGUCCAGAUUAACAGCUAAAGGUGAUUAUUAUUUUUGUUGUGCUGCGUAUUUUUAUGAGAAGCCUUGGGAAGUUUUAAAGAUUAUAACAUUAUGUCUGCAUAAUUUAUAAAAGCGCUUUGUUUUCAGAAAAAGGAAAAGGAAAAGCUGUGGACUCUAGAAAAAAAUCAAAAACAGUUCAUGGUAUGUAGUUUAUUUUAUCUAGGGCGUAUUGAAUUCACUGAUUAUGUUUACAUUGUUUUGAGGAGUUUAUAUAUCCUUCAUGCUUUAUUUUAUAGCAAUAGAAACAGAAGGAGUUGGCCUUCGUGUUGAUGGAUACUCGAGUGAAGAAAAUGAUGAAUCUAUAUAUCAUGAUUACGAGGGUAAUUAAUACGUAAACAAAUAUAUGGAGAGUUUAAUGUUCUUUAAUAGUAUAGAUAUUCAGAAUAGCGAAAGAACUUAACAUGUAAUUUUUAAAAUAAAAGGUGCAUAUGAAGUCGAAGGAGAACAACAUUAUGAUUGCAGCAGUGAAGAAAGUGACACGGAGUCUGAAUCAAAUGUGAAUUUUGACAUGUUCUCAAAAGAAUCAGACACAGUUGGACCCUCCAAAAGGAAAACUUCUUCGAAGGGGAAAAACAGUAGGCUAAAUUUUUAUUUUAAAGUUUAAUUCGUUAUAUUGACUGUGCUUGCCUAUAAUUUACCAAUUA